AUCAAAAUGGACGUCGACGACACAGAUGAGCCACAGACAGAUAUAUGUCGUGUGUGCAGAUGUGAGGGGACGUCUGAUAAACCCCUGUAUCAUCCAUGUGUCUGCACAGGCAGUAUCAAAUUUAUACAUCAAGACUGUCUGGUACAAUGGUUAAAAUACAGCAGAAAGGAGUUUUGCGAACUUUGCAAACAUCGGUUUGCUUUUACACCAAUUUACUCACCAGAUAUGCCAAAGAGGUUACCUAUAAAGGAUAUAGUGAGUGGGUUGUUAGGUAGUGUAGGAAAAGCCGUCAGAUAUUGGUUCCAUUAUACACUCGUCACGUUUGCCUGGCUUGGUGUUGUACCAUUAACAGCUUGUCGUAUUUACAGAUGUCUGUUUACUGGAUCUGUUAGCUCAUUAUUAACAUUACCACUUGAUAUGUUAUCUACUGAAAAUAUUGCGUCAGAUUGUUUCCAUGGUUGUUUUGUUGUGGCAUGUACAUUAUGUGCAUUUAUCAGCUUGGUGUGGCUACGUGAACAGAUCCUGCAUGGAGGAGGGCCCGAUUGGUUAGAACAGGACGUGCCUGGUGUACAACAAAGGAAUCCUUUGGAUAUCGGUGUUGUAAACAAUCUUGUUGGUUUGGGAGGGGGCGGAGCUAGAGAUGGAGCAGCCAAUCAGAACAAUCAGAAUGAAGAUAACAAUGCUGAGGCAGCCAAUGAGGGUGAAGAAGAGGUGGAAGAGGAAGGUGCAGAUAAUGGAAAUAACGCUGCACAAGAUGACAAUAAUUGGAAUCCAAUAGAAUGGGACAGGGCAGCUGAAGAACUUACCUGGGAGAGGCUUCUUGGAUUAGACGGCUCUCUUGUUUUCCUUGAACAUGUAUUCUGGGUUGUGUCUCUUAACACAUUAUUUAUACUUGUAUUUGCAUUUUGUCCAUAUCAUAUUGGUCACUUUACAAUGAUUGGAAUGAAAAUGGAAGAUGUGGUUGAAGCAUCACAUUUUGAGGGUUUACUAACGACAUUGAUUGGCUAUGUUGUUAUAGCAUUCUCUCUGAUUUUCUUGUAUGCCAUCUGUUCCUUGAUCAGAUUAAAAAGGUUUCCACGAGUGUUUGGUCUGUGUUAUGUGGUUGUCAAGGUGAAGUUAUUGGUUGUCAUAGAAAUUGGCGUGUUUCCAUUGAUAUGUGGCUGGUGGCUAGAUAUCUGUUCCCUGUCCAUGUUUGACGCUACAUUGAAAGAUCGUAAGACAAGUUUUCAUGUGGCACCUGGUACAUCUAUGUUUAUCCACUGGCUGGUUGGUAUGGUGUAUGUAUUCUACUUCGCCUCAUUUAUAUUGUUACUGAGGGAGGUGCUCCGACCGGGCGUACUCUGGUUCCUCAGAAACCUCAACGAUCCAGAGUUUAAUCCAAUACAAGAGAUGAUACAUCUGCCAGUGUACAGCUCCCCGAAGUUUUUGUUGAUUGUUAUCAUAUUUGGUACAUUUUUUUAUGAUCUUGUUGCCGUGAGAUUUUCAGAAAAGUUUUUUCCAGGUUUCCUGCCAUAUAACGUCAUGUUGUCAAGUGAUGCACCUGUCAGUGAACUAUCUCUAGAACUGUUGUUAUUACAAGUGGUUCUACCUGCACUGCUAGAGCAAGGUCAUACUAGGAUGUGGUUAAAGGGCUUGGUGCGGGGCUGGACCCUGUGUGUAGCCUGGAUGCUUAAUCUACGAUCAUACCUUGUCGGGGAUGUGCAGCUUGACGACCAUGAUAAUGUUAUACAAGGUGAUGCUGCAGCACCUCCCGCUGGUCCACCACCCCCACCUGCUGGUAACCAGGGUAACAAUGCCCCGAACAAUCCUGUACCUCCACCAGGCCAGCCAGGGGGACUUGCAGCGGCCCAUCAAGCUAUGUUACAGGCUGGAGGCCCAACAGGCUUUCAAUCAUACAAGAGGCCAAAACUCUUUUAUUUUAGAAUCGUGUUGCUGGUAGCACUGAUGUGUUUUACAUUAUUUGCAGCCAGUGUUGUUUGUCUUAUACUGCCAGUAUUUUUUGGCCGAAAGUUGAUGUCAUUGUGGAUGGGAGAAGCUAAAAUUCAUGAACUUUAUACAGCUGCGUGUGGAUUAUACGUUUGUUGGUUAAUGUUAAGGAUAGGAACAGUUCUGUAUAACUGGAUACCACAGGGUACUGCGGCCAUACUCAAUAAACUUAAACAGUGGCUUAUUUUGGCAUUAAAGUCACUAUUUGUAGCUGUAAUUUUGAUGGGAGUUGUGCCAUUGUUACUGGGUCUGUUGUUUGAGCUUGUAGUGGUAGCACCAUUGAGGGUGUCACUGGAUCAGACCCCAGUCUUCUUCCCCUGGCAGGACUGGGCAUUAGGUGUUUUACAUACUAAAAUUAUAUGCGCUGUUACAAUGAUGGGUCCACAAUGGUGGCUCAAACGUGUCAUUGAGCAGGUGUAUAACGAUGGAUUACGCAACAUGAAUCUCAAAUUUAUUCUUUACAAGUUAUGUUUUCCUGUCAUUGGUGUGCUAGGCAUGUCGUUAUCUGUGCCAUAUGUUAUAGCAAGAAGUCUUGUUCCAGCAUUAGGUUUUGAUUUUGAUGUACAGAAUUUUGUAUUACGAAGAAUUUACCCAUUCCUGUUAGCGUGUGUUGUUAUGGUGUUUGUGUGUGUAUUCCAAGCUAGACAGUUUAAAAGGCUUUAUGAACAUAUUAAAAAUGACAAAUAUUUAGUUGGUCAAAGACUUGUAAAUUAUGAUCCAAAGAGAUUUGUUCGAAAAUUAACCACAGAACAGACGGCGAAACAGACGUGAAACGUUUGACAGAGAUUUGUGUGUGGAUACAUGAUUACAAUCAAUAAUAUAACAGUUAUAAUAUGGUCUAGUCAUACACCAAGUGCUAUAACAGUACAUGGAGUUACACAUGAAUAAUACAAUAUUGAAAAAAAUGAAUAAUACAUAUUGAAAAAAUGAAAAAUUAAUAAUAUGUAUUGACAGAUGAAUAACAUAUACUGAGAGAUGAAUUAUAUAUACUGACCGAUGAAUAAUACAUGUUGAAAAAAAUGAGUAAGGAAUAUUGAAAAAUGGUUUAUACAUAUUGACAGAUGAAUAACACGCACUGACAGAUGAAUAAUGUAUGUUGAAAGAUUAGUAAGAAAUAUAGGCACAUGAAUUAGAUAUAUUAACAAAUGAAUAAUUCAUGUUGACAGAUGAAUAACAGAUAUUGAAUAUGAACAUUUUGUUAUUGAACAUUUUAAGAAACAAUAAUUCCCUCAACCUGCACCCUAUCUUAAAGCAGCAUGACUCAAGGUUUAUUUUAAUUUUCUAUGAAAAUAAUAAAAUACCAUGUAACAUUGCAUGACAUAAAUGCUGAAAUGGCCGUUACUAUGAGUAGAUCUGUAUGAAGAUAAAUUCAGUAGAUUUUGUCGUAUUAUACAUGAAACUUGAAAAAAGUCACUUUUGUUGUGAAUACAUUUAUACAUUUUAUAAGUAAGUUCAUUUACCGUAAGUUGGAGUUUUUUCAUUGAAAAUUGAUUUACUUGUCUGGCACCGAUUUUUAAAAAAAAUUUUUUUUUGUAAAAUAGGGACUGAAAAUAGGCGUUUUCCAAAUUGACAAAGCUGUAGGAAUUGGUUGUUGCCAAAAAAAGAAGAGGGGACAAAAUCAAUGUCUGGGGGUUUGUAGCUUUUCUGGUUUGUGUUGGUUUUUUACCAGCUAAUUCAGGGGUACAAACAAACUUUUACAGAUUUAACAUUAAGUACAAGAGGUUGACUAAUCUUUUGUGAACGGUAGUGCUUAAUGAAACUGUAAUGGUUAAAGGUUUGUUUGCACCGGGGGAUAAGCUUGGAAAAACCCACAUUUGUCGAGUUUUGGAUAACAUCUAUAAAGGGACUAUAAGAGUUAAUAGUGCUUGAAUUAAGCAGCCAGAAGUGUAGUCUAAUUUGACAGCACAGGCUGGCCUUACUGUACUUUUGUAGUAGAGAUUCAAAAUUUAGUUAGUGCUCAAAUGAUUAAAUGGCAAGAUGAUAUUUUAUACUGCUAACAGCUACAUAAGCUCUGUCUUCAUUGAUUUCAAUUAGAAUAUUUUCUGUUUUGUCUUAAUUGUACAACCUGUUGGUUUCAUGGCUGAGUGGUUAAGGUUGCUAACUUCAAAUCACUUGCUGCUCACUGAUGUAGGUUCGAAUCCUGUCGAGCAAUUUUGGAUUCUCUCAAGAGAGUAAGCUAUCCAACUGGCUUGUGGUAGGUCAAUGGUUUAACUCUGAUGUCGGGUUGUGCCAGAAGUAGUGCAUAGAGAGUCACUUUAGGUCUUCCUGCACCAGUAAUGCUGGAAUGUCAACAUAUUUCUAUUAGAGUCUUGGUGUGACUUAAAACUCAACAAGUAGUAUACAACUUUGGCACAGUACAGCACAAAUCUGAUAGCUAUGUGCUAUGAACAAUUUUUUUGCACAUUAAUUUUUUUCCAGUGCAAUAUAGGUUAUCAGAAUUUGAUUAAAGUAGAUUAUUUAUGUGUACAUGUAGUUAUUUAUAAAGAAUUUGUUGUUUCUAGGAAGCUCUAUGCCUUUUGUAAAAAUUGGUCAUAUGACAUUAAAAUUUUAAUAUUUACUUUGAAGUAUUUUAUUUAUUAAACAUAUAUGGAAUUGACUAAUAUUUCUUUAACUCUAAUCCUGCUGGUGGCAUGCAACCAGUGUGCCGGCUGAAAUUUAAGUCUGCAUUAUGCACUGGUCAGCACAUAUUCUGAAAUUGGUCAAUGGUUUUGUCCAGAUUUAAAGAUUGACUGUCUUCAGGGUGGCAAGGGUUUAACUGGUGUCAAGUUUUUUCUCAAUGUUUAUUUAAAUUUUUUGUACAUAUUAAUAUUAUUUAAUCAGAGUAUGAAAGCAACAGUGCUGCUUUACCAGUACUGGUUGUAAUAUUUUUGAACAGAAUCUGUCAUAGUUGCACUGAAAUUUUGGGGGUGUUUUUUUUAUUUUAUUUUUUUUUAGUUUUUCUUUUUUAGAAAAUACCAAUUCUUGUAAGGUAAUAAUAAGAGUUUUGAGGAUAAAUUUAAUGUAAAAGCAAUCGUAAUUUUUUCAAUUCAGUUAUGGUAUUUAAAAUUUAAAUGCCUCUCAUGUACCCAUGUACAUCUGGGUUCAGUGACGCAACACAGGGUAUAUUUAUUUUGACGGACAAUGUUCAUAAUUGGAUCCGAACCAGGGACCUCAUAGUCCCAAACUACAUUCUCCUAACACUGGAUAUCUGCACCACUAAUGUAUAAUACUUGUAAAGUUAUUUCUGUUCAGAGUACUGAAUUUACAAUGUAAAGCACUGCCUUUAUGAAUUGGAACCUUCAGUUAGGACCCUAUAAAUGAAUACAACAGAAAGAAAAAAAAGACUGCUUUUUGUCCAGUAUUUGUAGAUUAAUUUCAGAUAUUGUGCAUGUUUUUGGGGUUUUUUUGUUUUUGGUAUUUUUUUACUUUUCUGAUAACUUUUUUCCAUUGUGCAUCAUCAACUUUUGUUUUGAAAUACAUUUCCUUUAAGUACAAGCCAAUUGUGACAAAGCAAUACAGGAAAGAUCGUUGUACAGUCUUUUACAAUUUCAUGUUUAUUAUUCAUUUGAUAAAUGCUUGAAGAACAUGUAUUUGAAUUUUAUUAAAUAAUGGGCUUCACAGUUUUAACAAAGGUAACGUAUUAUAAUCUAAAAUUCAUGUUUAUGUUGUUUUUCCCCCCAAUUAGAUACAGAAAAUAUCGACAGUGCAGCUUAAAUUUUUGUAGAAUGUUCAAUUUUGAAAAACUUAUUAGUUCUUAUUAUUAUUGCAAAUUGUUAUUGUUUAUUAUAAUUAUUAGUUUAUUCAUAUUGUAUACAUUGUAGUUAGGGCAGAGUAACUACAUCUGCUGUCAAUGUAAUUCUUUUGAUUUUUUUUACCCUUUCCUUCUGAUUUUAAACACCUCUAUACAAAGAAUAUAGUACUCAUUGAAAUAAAACUUACAUUAAGAUUUUGUAGGCAAGUUAUACCAGGUAAGUCUUUGUCACUUGUAAAGGGCAAGGCAAGUUUUUAAAAAUUCAGACUAAUACCUUCAGUGCAGCCUGACUAUGCUAUAAUUUUGGCAGUCUACCUUAAAGAUUUGCAAUUAAAUCCCCUAAAAUGAUAAUGGACUGUUUAAAAAUUAUAGGUGGACAAGCCCACUAUAAGACCCGGCAGGGUAAAGGUUAAGUAACUUAUUAAAUUAUGCAUUGAUCUUCAUUGGUAUUAUUCCCUUUCUUGAACUUUUCCCCUUUCUUUACAAUUUCUGCACGGACCCUGUUUUACUAUCAUAUAGAAAGUCAUUCAGGCUGUCUGGUUCAAGGACAUAACUGUAGCAUUGAUUUUCACUGAAUUACUCCCCUCUGUGAAUUGAUUUAAAUAAGAUACUGCAUGGCUCGUAUUUAACUGUCAAGGACUAAGAAUAGUCUAUUGUGCUGUUGUUUAAAUUUAUCAUUCUAGAACUUACAGCUUUAAAGUGGGAUUUUCUUCUUUUUUUUUCUUUUUUUGUAUUUCAUUUCUAUAAUGGAGUAUAAAUGACUGUGAUAAAGUGACUUUUAAAGUUGAAAGUAAUGAGUUUUCAUUUAUCAAGCUUUAAUGACAAUAUAUCACUAUAUAUAUUAUAUAUAUUUGAAAGGUGCUGUCUUGAUGACUUGAGAAUGUACUUGAAAUGGUUGUAAAGAGUUCUCUUAUUUAGCUAGAGUUA